AUGAGGUAUAUAAUCCUUUUGAUUUUUGCUUCCUUUGUUAACUUCACUUAUUCCAGUCAGUAUUAUGGAAAGGAUGCAAAUAAAGUAUUCGAAGAUCUAGAGAAGUGCAUAGAAAAGCACGACGUGAAAAUAAAUGUGAUUGAUAAUUUCUUCGAAGUGCAGGAUCUUAGGAUGAUAGAUAAGAAGUUGAAGCAUUGGGCACAUUGUUAUCUUGAGGCAGUUGGCACCAUGAAAGGCAAACAAAUUAUCGAUAAAGAGAGAUACGCAGGAAUACCGGAUAAUCUCGAUGAAUACGAUACCGCUAUAGAGAUUCUUAAAAUGAACAAAAAGUAUCAUACCAUUUUUCAUAUUAUGGAAAAAUGUUUGAAAAAGUAUAAUAUGAAAGCCGACGAGUUGAAAGUCUUAUUCGAAGGUAAAAAAGCUAAGCCGUUCGAUACGAAACUAAGAAAUUGGUUACAUUGCUUUAUUGAGUUAGAGGAAGCAGGAGAAAGUGAAGCCGUGAUCAAUGCAAAAUAUAAGCACUUCAAUGAAUACAAUGUUCUAUUGAAAGCUUUAAAAUACGGAAACGAGAAGUACAAGCAGUAG